AAAGAGGGCCCGAACAUGUGCAGAGAAGUGUGAGGAUUGAGGGCAGAGCUGAAAGAGAGGCAGAGUGUUGGUUUUACAGAUCAAGCAGAAGAGGCCCACGCAGCCGCGACAUAGCAAGGAAGUGUGAUAAUCAGCUUGGGAAAUGACUGUGUGAAUUAUCUGCUGCUUAUUCACAGGCCGGGACGCUCUAAGCAGAAAUGAACGGGGAUGGCAGCAAGCAGCGUUAUGUGUCAACCUUCAGGAUGCACAUCAAGCCGCCCUGUGCAUCGCCCGCACCAGGAAACGGACCAGGAGCCGUUGACACCAGGACUCCAGAUAAAUGUGCUGACACAGGGUCUCUUAAUCUCCCCUCCUGUAAACGCCUGGAUCCACCCGUCUUCAUAGAGCCCCUGCAGGACUGCUGUGUGGACGAAGGAAGUGACAUCACACUGCGGGGGGUUGUCACAGGAAGUCAGCCAAUCCGAGUGUCGUGGUUGCACAAUGGUGAAGUGGCCCGUUUUGGCAAGCCUUCCUUCAACGGCAGGGAGCUGAGUUUUGUGGUGACGGAGUGCUUGCCGGAGGAUGCUGGGGCUUACACCUGCUUGGCAGAAAACAGCGCAGGGAAGACAUCCUGCUGCGCUGCUGUGUUUGUCAGAGACUUUGAAACUAUCUAUAGCGUGCAGAAUCGUGCCUCAGAUAUCCCCACUUCUGCAUCCAAGAGCACUAUGGAGAAUGGAAGGUCACCACAGACUCCCAAAGAAGAGCUACAGAAGUUCGGAGGAUCUAUUUGCUCCCCUACAGGCUCCGAUAAGCUUAGCCCAGUCUCAGCUCCAAGAGAAGUCAUCCCGAAGAAGAGAGCCAACUCGAGGACAGGCCCAGCACUACGUUUUGAAAACCCUCCACAACACGUCAAGGUCGAGGUGGGACAAACUGCCCGGCUGACGUGUUUUUUCUCACACGGCAGUCCUCCUGUAGUGUCGUGUUGGAUCAGAAACAAAGAACAGAUAGUGGAUGGUCCAGAGCUGCGGGCGGAAAACACAGAUCUGAGCAGCACGCUGGUUAUAGCAGAGGCUAAACCACAGCACACAGGUUGCUAUACUGUUGUAGUGAGGGACCGCAAGAGCUCAGCUCAACACACACUCACCCUUUCUGUCAUAGAGAGGCCGCAGCCCCCUGCCUCCUGCCCUGUGAUCUCCCUCGUCUCCACCACCAGCCUUGUGCUGUCCUGGUCGGGCCCCUGCUACGACGGAGGCAGUGCCGUCCUGGGUUAUGUGGUCGAGGUAAAGAACCAAGGACGUGCCGAACCUGGGGAGUGGAGCGAGCUCACUGCCCAGUGUAAGAGUACCUCCUACAGAGUGUCCACUGGCCUGCAGCCUCAACAGGAAUACUGCUUCAGAGUGAGGGCCUACAACGAGGUGGGAGUAAGUGAGCCAGGACCAGUGUCACCAGUGGUUAGGAUGGAAAAGAAAGAUUCAGACAAGCUGCAAGAAGAGGAGGCCCCUCAAGCCUUCACCUGUAUCACUAUCGACUCCUCCCACAAAGUCACAGAUCACUACAAUUUGCAUGAGAAACUGGGAAUGGGAAAGUUCGGCCUGGUGUUCAAGCUAACCCACAAAGAGACAGGACGCGUGUGCGCUGGAAAGUUCUACAAAGGCCGACGGGCCAAGGAGAGGGAGGCCGCCCGUAAAGAGAUAGAGCUGAUGAACUACCUCCACCACCCCAAACUGGUUCAGUGCCUUGCAGCAUACGAUCACAGGCCUGAGAUGGUCAUGGUCAUGGAGUUCAUCGCAGGCGGAGAACUGUUUGAACGUAUCGUGGACGACAGCUUUGAACACACAGAGCCCGCCAGCGUUCGCUACAUGCAGCAGAUCCUGGAGGGGAUCGCCUACAUGCAUCAGCAGAACAUAGUCCAUCUGGACCUCAAACCUGAAAACAUUGUGUGUGCCGACACCACUGGCACCUCCAUAAAGAUCAUUGAUUUUGGAUUAGCCAGCAGGCUUGAUGACAACACACCUCUGAAGGUGAUGCACGGGACUCCAGAGUUUGUGGCACCUGAAGUGAUCAGCUAUGAGCCUGUGAAUUUGGCCACUGACAUGUGGAGCAUUGGGGUCAUCUGUUACAUAUUGCUGAGUGGUGAGUCCCCGUUCCAGGGUAACAGCGAUGCAGAGACCCUGGCCUUGGUCACAGCUGCCCAGUGGGAGUUUGAUGAGGAGAGCUUUGAUGAGAUUACAGAUGAGGCCAAAAAUUUCAUCAGCUCCUUACUCAACAGGGACACCAGGCGGAGGAUGUCCUGUGCAGAGGCGCUUGCCCACCCUUGGAUGGCAGCAUUUGAGUCCGGAGAUCUUGCCACCACCAAGAAUCUGUCCAAGGAGAAGAUGAAGAGGUUUCUAGCCAGGCAGAAGUGGAAGAAAGCAGGUAAGGCCAUGUUGGCCCUGAAAAGAAUGGCUCUGCUGUCCAAAAGUGACAGCUGCGCAUCUCCUACCAGCCCUGGAGAGGACUCACCCCUGAGCCCGGAGGCAGAGCAUGCCCUGCAGUCCCUGGAGUGCAAGAUGCAGGGGCCGCCCCAGUUCACCCAGAGCCUGGAGGACCAGACAGUAGCUCAGGGCUCCAGUGCUCGUCUGUCAUGCCACCUCACAGGAUAUCCUGACCCAGAGGUGGUGUGGUUGUGUGGUAAAGAGCCUGUGGUGGAGUCUCCCACAGUGCAGAUAGAGUAUGAGGAAGAUGGCUGCUGUACUCUGGUCCUAGCCAAAGUUGGGCCAGAGGACACCAACGUUUACACCUGUAGAGCCACCAAUGACCACGGGGAGACAUUCUGCUCAGCCAAGCUCACUGUUAGAGAGUAAAUUAAUUAUUUAUGUACGCAUAGAUAAAAUGUAUAAGCAUAAUGUUCUUUAGUGCCUUGAACAGUUGGAUUGUACAGUCACUUUAUUACAAAUAGGGACCAAGCUGUACAUCCUGGGCUGUGGCUAGAAAUGUAUGCAUUUAUUAAUGUACAAAAUAUAUGAACAGAAGCACAUUGCUACAGAGCUAUGAGCAUAGAUAAAGGUUGAUAUUUCUUCAUGGGACUAAGAUUCACUGUUAUUCACUGUCUUCAACGACAUGUUCAGCUAAAAUCAUGAUUCUAUCUCUUACUUUGGCUCAUGGGUGAAUAAUUUAAAGAUGCCCUUCAAAACCAGCUGGCAAUAUGAAUAAAGCUGAGACUUCUUUUGAAUAGCAAACAGGCCUGAAAUGAUGUUGCUUGAAUCACAUAGUGAAGAUCUGACUUAAAAUGACAUAAAAUGUUGGAUAAACCUUUUUUGGUUUUUUUAUACAUGAAUAUCCUGCUUGAGGAGCAUUUGCUAAAGCUGCAGUCCCUGGCAGUCGGCAACAAUAUAGGUAGCCCUCUCCUUAUGUAUCAGUUUGCAGGGUCUGGUCCAAUAACUAGCAAAAUGACAGUAAUCCUUGGCAUUUUAUCCUAUGACAGACAUUGGUGUUGCUGAACUCACUUUAACUGGGUUUCCAGAAGCUGUGUUUCUGUGUUCAAUGAAGUUUCUCCUCAGGAACAUGUGUGUGCAUGGAGGCUGCCAUGCUGUUGAGGAAAUAACUGUUUUUUUUAUGUCAUAUAUUGCCUUUGCAACUUGUCAUGUGGAUCUUUUGUGUUACUCUGAUGGAGUUUGUUAUGUGGGGGGUCAUGGUGCCUUUUUCCAGUUGCUGGAUCUCCAUUUUCUUCUGACUUCUCUGAUUCUUUGAGCCACAGCCACACUUCCACACUUUCAGUUUUCAACAAUAGCUUUAGCCAAGUUUUCCCGUUUCACCCACUAAUCAAUGUGUUGUGACUGUCAGUAGUUUUACAAUAGAAUAGAAAUGAUCUUUCUGAAUCCUGUGUACUACACUUGUUUUAUAUAUUCAGUUCUUCUGGACCAAUGUUGAAUAUGCUUUUGAUUAUAUGUGGGACGAAGAAUAAUUUAGAGAAAAGAGCUGUUAUUUUUAUUACGGGAUAAACGAUUUGGAAAU